ACUCCAAAUCUUCAUUGUAGCAAGUUUUCAAAGUUUCCUUUGUGAGGUGAAAAAAAAAAGAAGAGAAAGUUAUGGCUCGAUCUCGAAGCUUCCUCUUUGCUUUUGCUCUUCUUUCCUUCGCUUCGGUUUGUUUCUCUCACAAGAUCGGCAGUGGCAGUGGUGGUAGCAACGGUGGUUAUUUGUAUCCUCAGUUCUAUGAUCAUUCUUGUCCAAGAGCUCAAGAGAUUGUGAAGUCCAUAGUGGCUAAGGCAUUCGCUAAAGAAGCUCGCAUGGCUGCUUCUUUGCUCCGCCUUCAUUUUCAUGAUUGUUUUGUCAAGGGGUGCGAUGCUUCACUUUUGUUAGAUAGCAGUGGGAAAAUAGCUAGUGAAAAAAGGUCCAAUCCAAACAGGAACUCUGCUAGAGGCUUUGAAGUCAUUGAUGAGAUCAAAUCUGCCUUGGAAAAGGAGUGUCCCGAAACGGUUUCUUGUGCUGAUAUCUUAGCCAUCGCUGCAAGAGACUCCACCGUCAUAACAGGAGGACCUGGAUGGGAGGUUCCACUUGGGAGAAGGGACUCAAGAGGAGCAAGUUUAAGUGGGUCUAACAAUGACAUUCCUGCCCCUAACAACACGUUCCAAACCAUUCUCACCAAAUUCAAGAGACAAGGCCUUGACAUUGUUGAUCUUGUUGCUCUUUCUGGAAGCCACACCAUUGGAAACUCUCGAUGCACGAGCUUCAGGCAACGACUCUACAACCAAUCUGGUAAUGCCAAGCCUGACCCCUCUCUCGAUGCAUCCUAUGCAGCCCAGCUGCGCAUGCAAUGCCCGAGAUCGGGGGGUGGCCAGAACCUCUUUUUCUUGGACUUCGUCAGCCCAACGAAGUUCGAUAAUCACUACUUCAAGAACCUUUUGGCCGCGAAGGGUCUGCUGAACUCCGAUCAAGUUCUCUUGACGAAGAAUCAGCAAUCCGCGGAGCUGGUGAAGACAUAUGCAGAAAAUUCUCAGCUGUUCUUUGAGCAGUUUGCCAAGUCCAUGGUUAAGAUGGGGAACAUAUCUCCUCUCACUGGCUCAAGGGGUGAGAUCAGAAAAAACUGCAGGAAAGUCAACAGAAAUUAGGAAGAGAGGAGUUGGGAAAAUGAAGAUGUUUCAAUCUAUUGUGUGAAGUUUCUGUCCCUUUGUUAAAUUCUUGAAUGUAUUUUUCUGCUCUGCUUUUACAGCUCAUAGUUUGUGAGUUGUGCUCAUUGCAUCAAUGGUGACCAGUUUGGCCACCAAUCAAAGUUCAUGUAUUUGUGUUCCCUUUGCACAUGAGCUCUUGUCUAAUAAAUUUGAUAGUCUUUAUUUUCUUCUUUACUUCAAA